CUCCUCCCGCUGGUUGUGUGCGCGUGGAACCCUCCCGCGUGCCUCGUUCCCUCCGGAGGCGUUUCCGGGUUCAGAUGGUUCCGCUCCUCUCUCUGCCUCUCGCUGCGUCGGACUCUCCCGGAUCCCGGAAGUGGCCCCUCCCGCCCGCUCCGGCUGCUGCGGGCCGUGAGGAUGGCGGAGCCGCCCCCGGAGCUGGGCGACAGGGAGAUCCGGGACAGGCUCGGCCUGUGGGACCGCAGGCCGCGGCCCAUGGCGCCUCUCACCGACCGACAGACGGACUCGGUGCUGGAGCUCAAAGCGGCGGCCGAGAACCCGCCCGUCCCGGCCGAGCUUCCAAUUGAAGAUUUAUGCAGUUUAACAUCACAGUCACUAAGUGUCACGUUGGCUGCAGCAAUACCUGAAUCAACAGAGGAUAUCCUCUUGAAAGGCUUCACCGCUUUGGGAAUGGAAGAUGAAAGAAUUGAAACUGCACAGCAGUUCUUCUCAUGGUUUGCUCAGCUGCAGGCCCAGAUGGAUCAAGAUGAAGGUGCUAAGUACAGACAGAUGAGGGAUUAUUUGUCUGGAUUUCAGGAGCAAUGUGAUGCUAUACUGAAUGACGUGAACAGUGCUCUUCAACAUUUGGAGUCUUUGCAGAAACAGUAUCUCUUUGUGUCCACCAAGACAGGAACACUGCAUGAAGCCUGUGAGCAGCUUUUGAAAGAGCAGUCAGAACUCGUUGACCUGGCUGAAAAUAUCCAACAGAAACUCUCUUAUUUUAAUGAACUAGAAAAUAUUAACACAAAAUUAAAUUCCCCCACAUUGUCUGUGAACAGUGAAGGAUUUAUACCUAUGCUGGCUAAGCUUGAUGAUUGUAUUACAUAUAUUUCCUCACACCCUAAUUUUAAAGAUUAUCCCGUGUAUUUGGUUAAGUUUAAACAAUGUCUUUCUAAAGCUAUGCACCUUAUGAAAACGUACACUGUGAACACACUACAGAACCUCACAAGCCAGUUGAUAAAAAGGGAUCCUUCAUCUGUGCCAAAUUCUGACAAUGCCUUCACACUAUUUUACGUAAAAUUCAGAGCUGCUGCUCCCAAAGUUAGAACUCUUAUUGAGCAAAUAGAGCAAAGAGCUGAGAAGAUGCCAGAGUACCAGCAACUUCUGAAUGAAAUCCAUCAAUGUUACCUUGCUCAGCGGGAACACUUGCUAGGCCCUAGUAUUACUAAUACUGUAACGGAAUUAACCAGUCAGAACAACAGAGAUCAUUGUGCGCUGGUACGAAGUGGCUGUGCCUUUAUGGUCCAUGUAUGCCAGGAUGAAUACCAGCUUUACAAUGAGUUUUUCACAAAACCAACACCAAAAUUGGAUGAACUUUUGGAGAAAUUGUGUGUCUCAUUAUAUGAUGUCUUCAGGCCAUUGAUCAUCCAUGUUAUUCAUUUAGAAACUUUGUCUGAACUCUGUGGAAUUCUCAAAAAUGAGAUGCUUGAAGACCAUGUACAGAACAAUGCAGAACAACUAGGUGCAUUUGCUGCCGGUGUCCAGCAGAUGUUAGAGGAUGUACAAGAACGUCUUGUCUACAGGACAUUCAUCUACAUUCAGACAGACAUCAUAGGCUACAAGCCUGCUCCUGGGGAUCUUGCAUAUCCGGAUAAAUUGGAAAUGAUGGAGCAAAUUGCACAAAGUUUAAAAGACGAACAGAAGAAGUUGCCUUCUGAUGCUUCAUUUUCGGAUGUGCGGCUAGAAGAUCCAGAGUCCUGCAACCAAAUUAAAUCUGGUACAGCAGAAUCCCUUAAUCCCAGACCGCAGACUAUGAUUUCACCAGCAGAUCUGCAUGGAAUGUGGUAUCCCACAGUCAGAAGGACUCUAGUGUGUCUCUCUAAACUGUACAGAUGUAUAGAUAGGGCAGUAUUCCAAGGAUUAUCACAAGAGGCUUUAUCUGCCUGUAUUCACUCACUGCUGGGAGCUGCGGAUUCAAUUUCCAAAAAUAAGACCCAGGUUGAUGGACAGCUUUUCUUAAUAAAACACCUUUUGAUUCUUCGUGAACAAAUUGCUCCUUUCCACACUGAAUUCACCAUUAAGGAAAUUUCCCUGGACCUUAAGAAAACUAGAGAUGCAGCAUUUAAAAUCCUGAACCCAAAGACUGUUCCAAGAUUUUUUAGGCUAAACAGCAACAACGCACUGAUACAGUUCUUAUUGGAGGGUACUCCAGAGAUCAGAGAACAUUAUAUUGACUCUAAGAAAGAUGUAGACCACCACCUGAAAUCAGCUUGUGAGCAGUUUAUUCAGCAGCAAACCAAACAGUUUAUAGAGCAGCUGGAGGAGUUCAUGUCAAAGGUUGCUGCAUUAAAAGAAAUGGCCAGUCAAGGAGGUCCCAAAUACAACCUUUCACAGCAGCCUUGGGCACAACCAGCAAAGGUCAAUGAUUUAGUGUCUUCCACUUAUAAGACAAUAAAAACAAAGCUGCCAUCAGUGUUACGAAGCAUGGCAUUAUACUUGGCCAAUAAGGACACUGAAUUCAUUUUGUUUAAGCCAAUUAGGAAUAAUAUUCAGCAAGUGUUCCAGAAACUCCAUGCUUUGUUAAAGGAAGAAUUUAGCAAUGAAGAUCUCCAGAUCAUAGCUUGUCCAUCAAUGGAACAGGUGAACCUACUUUUGUCAAUGUCUAAAUAGCCCAACAGUCAGGCCGUUUGAGGUAAAUCUCAAUGGUAUGCCAGGCAGUGAAGGGGACAUGCAAUCAUUUGCCAGAAGUAAAUAAAGGAUUUACACUGGGAUCUGUCAAGGCAUCAGCUUUAAUACUCCCCAGGCUGCUUAAUACUGAUUUACAGAAGAAUUGAGUUCUACAAAUUGUUUGGCAGUUUUUUUCUUUCCUAAAACUUAAGGGAACAAACUUGCUGAAGAUUUUUAUCCAAGCUCAGUUUCUGCCUUGCCAUCAGAUGUAAACACGUCUCAGAUUGAAAUGCUAAGACUUAAAUAUAUUUAAGACCUUACUUCUUUUCCUUUUAUGGAGAAGAUGUGUGUGCAGUAAAAGAACUAGCAAUUUCAUGGGACACACUGAAGAUAAAUGACAGGAAAUCAAAGUUGAAAAAAGUCAGUGUGCACUGUAUUUGAAUGGGAUGGUGACCUGAGUGUCAAAUGUUGCUGCAACUUCGUUUUGACAGGCACACUCAUUUUUCUCAACUCUCCAAAGAAUCCUGUUAGUCCACAAUACAUUUGAAGAGCAUAGUUCAAAGUAUAUUAGUUUGUGAAAACUGUCUUGUUUCCCUUGAAUUUCAGAACGUUCUGCAAUAUUUGACACCAUGUGUUUUGGGUGCUCUGUAAUGAUUAGUAGAAGUUAGCACUGACACCUGUACUCUGAUAUUCUGGAGUGCUCUAAGUGAAGAAUCUUUAAAGAGUUCUGACCAUGUUAUGAAAUGAAUAUGUGGGGUUUGCAGUGGAAAGCUGUGCAAUAUAAUUGUUAAUGUUUGUGAGGGGGAACUACCCAUGUACUAAAGGCUUUAUGGCAAAGGUGAAGCUUAGCAUUAAAGUUUUCAGGUACUUAAGGUUUCAGGUUAAGGGUUUUUAUUUUUUCUGAUUUAAGGUUGAGCAGUGCCGCCGCAUUGUCAGAAGCGAGUGCUAAGAUGCUGUAGGCCAGGGAAAGGGGCUCGAAGAGCAGCUCCUGGUGGCAAAGCUGUGACUAUGGAACUUGUGCAGUACUGGUGUGGUGGAGUAAAGAUGCGUAAAGGAGAAGUGAUCAUGAGUGAAUACAAAAGCACCUUUGUAAGUUAGGGUCAUGAGAGAAGUACCUGCUGAUCAGUAAACUAUGCAUAUGUGUAACAUCUGAUUAUGGUCAGCGUGCAAUGAAUGAUUGAUACACAAUAUUGCCAUAUUCCAUUUCAGAAGGUUAAGUGCUUAAACACUUGUCCAUAAACUGGAUGAAACACUGAAAAUGGCUUUAGAGUGUCUUUACUAACCUUAUUGUAUAGAUACGUGGAAGGCAAGAUAGCAACUUAAAUGACAGAUUUUUACUUAUUCUCUAGCUUGCAUGUUGUAGAAAUUUUACAUAUUUUUGGUAACUUGAUUUAACAGUUUUGCUGUUACAGAUCAGCUGACUGGAUACUAAAAUGGCAAGUUUUAAAGCCACCACGAGCAGCAUUAUAGCAGACACUCUGGGGUAUGGAAAUGGUACUUACAGGAUCUCAUGUAACUUUUUGAAAUUAACUAAGGAACUAACAAGGAAGAGAACAUACCCCUUCCCUUUACCUAUUCAAGAACAUAGGCUGUAAAAUAAUGUCCAAUGCCUUGUAAUAUAUGUACAUUUGGUCUUUUUAUAGUGUUUUACAAAAGAGUGCAUGAUUGCUGUACAGAGUUAUGGCUGAAUUAAUUGUGCAGAAAUGGUCUGAAAGGUAAAACAUUACGUUAGUCUUGUGUUUUGAAUCUUUUCACUUCUAAAAUACUCAGAGAGCUCUAGCACAGCUGAUUUAAAAGAUUCCAAGAGCAAUCAGUUUAUUCAGCCUGUUUGCUAAAUGAAGAUUUGUUUAAACAUGUACAGUUUCAGAUAUUUACAUAUACAAUAGUGUAAAUAAUUUCAAAAGAUUAAUUUAAAGUGCUUUAUAUGAUCUGACUAGACAUUUGCUGUUUUUAAUGUUUUUUUAAAAUAAAAUUUUUGCUUCCUAUUUUGGUCCCUGAGUAAAGCUUUGUGUGUAUUUGAGACUUGUCUGACAAGAUAACUGUAAUGGCAAACCAAUAAAUAUCCUGCAGGCUUGUACGAUGCUUCAUUAAGAAAGACAAGAUCUAUUUUGUUGUUAGCAGUAAGAGCACUGACUUUAUCUGGCACAGACAGAUGCAUCACUGAGUACUGAGUGUGCAGCUAAUUGUGUUAAAUUCAUCUCUUUAUAGUCAUAAUAAAAGUAAAUUUGUAUUUUCUUUA